UUGAUUUUACUCGUUUCUUCCUAGAACUUUGAUUUAAUUUCUGAUCUUGCCACAGGCAUGGGCGCGGCAUACUGGACCACCAAGAGUGGCGUGGGCGUGGCCUCGAUGGGAGUGAUGCGGCAGGAGCUGGUCAUGAAAUCGAUUGUUCCGGUGGACAUGGCUGGAGUGCUUGGGAUCUACGGCCUCAUCAUAGCUGUGAUUAUCAGCAUCGGGAUCAAUCCAAAGGCUAAAUCUUAUUACCUGUUGGAUGGAUAUGCUCACUUGUCCUAUGUCCUUACUUGUGGCCUCGCUGGACUUUCCACCGUCGUCAUCCCCCUUUCCCUCCUCCGAUUCUCAACCUUCACCGUCGCCGGCGCUCUUGGGAGUUCGAAACAAUCUUGCGGAAUUGGGUAGGAGCUUCAAGACAGGCCUCUCGUUUCUCUCCAUCGCCGAAAUCUCCAAAUUGGCUUCUA